AUGGGUUUUCUCCUGCUAGCCGUUUCUCGUCUCUGAACAACACAUUUCCUCAAAGCUGGACACCCCUGAGGCAGUUUAUGACGUGUGUCUUCAUGAAGUGGCCUCAUCCUUGUGCUACAGACUCCGGCUGGACCGUAAUGAGCGCCCGCUUCCGGUUGCCUGCUAGCAGAUCCUACAAUGUCCGGGCAUCGGAGCUGGCGCGCGACAGGCAGCACACGGAGGUGGUCUGCAACAUCGUUCUCUUGGACAACACCAUCCAGCCCUUCAACGUUAACAAACACGAUCAUGGACAGGUGCUUCUGGACACAGUCUUCAAGCACCUGGAGCUGACUGAGAGAGACUAUUUUGGGCUGCACCUGGCUGACGAGUCCUCUGACAGUCCGAGGUGGCUGGAUCCCAACAAACCCAUCAGGAAGCAGUUAAAAAGGGGCUCUCCUCAUCAUUUGAACUUCCGGGUGAAGUUCUUCGUGAGCGACCCUAGCAAACUUCAGGAAGAGUACACACGGUACCAGUAUUUUUUGCAGAUCAAGCAGGACAUUCUCAGUGGGAGGCUGCCCUGCCCGCACAAUACUGCCGCCCUGUUGGCCUCCUAUGCUGUCCAAUCCGAGCUGGGGGACUACAGGGAGGCGGAGAACGCGCCCGGCUACCUGUCGGAAUACCAGUUCAUCCCCAACCAACCGCAGGGCUUUGAGAAGGAAGUAGCCAAAUAUCACCAGCAACACAGCGGCCUGAGUCCGGCCGAGUCCGAGUUUAACUACCUGAACAGAGCGCGCGCCCUGGACCUCUACGGAGUCGAGCUGCACUAUGCAAGGGAUCAAAGCAACACUGAAAUUUUAAUCGGGGUAAUGUCCGCUGGGAUAGGAAUUUACAAGAACAGGGUACGAAUUAACUACUUUCCGUGGCUGAAGAUUGUGAAAAUCUCAUUUAAAUGCAAACAGUUUUUCAUCCAGCUGAGAAGAGAAGUGAAUGAGACGCGUGAGACAUUACUGGGCUUCAACAUGGUCAACUACAGAGCCUGUAAGAACCUCUGGAAGACGUGCGUGGAGCACCACACCUUCUUCCGGCUGGACCGGCCUGUGCCGCCCGAAAAGAACUUCUUUGCGCACUACUUCCGUCUAGGGUCCAAGUUCCGCUACCGUGGCAGGACAGAAGCCCAGUCUGUGCAGUAUGGCAAGGAGAAGGGAAUCAAAGACAGGGUGUUUGCGAGAUCUCCCAGUAAACCACUGGAGAGGAAGAUGAUGGCCGUGACAGACUGGGAGGUGGUGAGCAGGAACUCCGUGUCCGAAGAAAGGCUGGAGACGCAGAGCCUUCCCACGCGUUCACCUCCCGGAACCCCCAACCACAGGAAUUCAAGGUUCGUGCAAGAGGGGCCCAGGACGCGGCCGUCUUCCGUGGGCCACCUUGUGGAGCACAUCAUCCACGCCUCUCCCAGCCUUCCUGCAUUCACCAACCACCGAGUCUCCAAGUCGGCCUCGUCGACGCAGGCCAACAGCAUCAGCCUGGAUUCCACGCCGUCUCCGGAGGGUGUAGAUGGACUGCCCCCUGCCCUGCCACCUAAACAAUCCAGGAAAAACUUGAGCCAGCUCAUUCUCUCCCACUCCCAACAGGAUCUGGACAACCACGUCAACGAGCUAUACGAUAUUCCUGGGAAGGCGACGCUUAAUGGGGUUGUUCCUCAUGACAAUCUUGUGCUGAUCAAGAUGACGCCUGAUGAAAAUGGGAGAUUUGGAUUCAACGUUACAGGUGGUUGUGAUCAGAAGAUGCCUGUUAUUGUGUCUCGGGUGGCCCCGGGAACAUCGGCCGACAUGUGCGUGCCCCGCCUGAACGAGGGCGACCAGGUCGUGCUCAUAAACGGCCGGGACAUUUCCGAGCACACCCAUGACCAGGUGGUCAUGUUCAUCAGGGCCAGCUGCGAAAGCCACUCAGGGGAGCUCGUCCUGCUGGUCAGGCCCAAUGCUAUCUAUGAUGUGGUGGAGGAAAAGCUGGAGAUGGAGCCGGACUUCCAGUACAUCCCAGCGAAAUCCCCGACAGACCCUUCCCAGCUGGACCAGAACGCCUGGACGGAGUCCAUGCAGCAGCUCCGAGAGGGCCUGAGCGGUGGAGCUCUGCUGGCCCAGUUCGACCAACUUUACCGUAAAAGGCCUGGAAUGACAAUGUCAUGUGCCAAAUUACCUCAAAACAUUUCCAAAAAUCGCUACAGAGACAUCUCACCUUACGAUGCCACACGGGUCAUCUUGAAAGGCACAGAUGACUACAUCAAUGCAAAUUACAUAAAUAUGGAAAUUCCCGCUUCUAGUAUCAUCAAUCGCUACAUCGCCUGCCAAGGGCCCCUACCCAACACAUGCACUGACUUCUGGCAGAUGACCUGGGAGCAGGGCUCCUCCAUGGUGGUAAUGCUCACCACUCAGGUGGAAAGAGGCAGAGUGAAAUGUCAUCAGUACUGGCCCAAUUCCUCAGGGACUGACACCUAUGGUGGAUUCCAGGUUUCCUGCCAAACUGAGGAAGGAACCUCUGCUUUCUUGGUUCGAGACAUGACUCUCACUCACACUGAGACUGAAGAGAGCAGGGGGCUGACCCAAAUUCAGUAUCUGGCCUGGCCCGACCACGGAGUGCCUGAUGACUCCACCGAUUUCUUGGAUUUUGUGGCUCUGGUCCGGAGUAAAAGAGCAGGAAAAGAUGAGCCGGUUGUGGUGCAUUGCAGCGCUGGGAUUGGCCGAACAGGAGUUCUCAUCACCAUGGAGACAGCAAUGUGUUUAAUGGAGUGCAGUCAGCCAGUGUAUCCGCUGGACGUUGUGAGAACCAUGAGGGACCAACGAGCCAUGAUGAUCCAGACCCCUAGCCAGUUCAAGUUUGUGUGCGAGGCCAUUCUCAAGGUCUAUGAGCAAGGGCUACUGAGAGCAGUGAAGCCCACAGCGCCCAAGGCCGACCUUUCCAGACAGAGCCCUGGAUCCUGCUCUACUUGAGGAUAUUCAGGGCCUUGAAAAAGUGUUGCACCGCAGAUGCCCCCACAUACAAGGAAAGAUCUUAGAUUUGAAUGUUUUCCGGUGGUUCCAAUGGCAAAGCUUUGCACAUUUGUCAUAACAAAAGAAGAGAAAUUUGGAAUUUCCAACAGUAAUACAAAUACCAAGCUGAAGUUGUAUCACUAUUAUUAUUUUUAUUUAUUUUUAUUUUUUUUAGAUGGUGUGCAAUGCCUUUUAGAUCUUUGAAGAAAAAAAAAAAAACACCAUUUAGGGCAGAUUCGGACCGUUAGGCAACGUAAUAAGGGUGUUCGGUACUGCAUAGUUUUUCAAGGCACCGCGCAAAACCCCAGGAAACACACCAAAAGCAAUGGAGAAGAAAAAAAAAACAAAAACUGUUGAGCCAGAAACAUAACCUACAUAGGACAUAAGCACUGUUGCACUUUAUGCUGGCAAAUGGACUAUUUGCCAAGCUUCAAGGAGA